AUGAAGACAUUUUCGGUCAUCGUAGCCGUUAUUGGCGCUCCCUCGCUUGUUUCCGCAGCCAUCUGUAACAACAACUGUGGUCGCGCCGUCGCUGGCACAGCCCGGCAGAACCCUCCCUUCGCAGCCCGACAGUCUCUGUGCGAGGCUUUCGUGUCCGCCACAGUCACGGUUACUCCAGGGGCUGUGACUGUCACUGCGAACCCCGUUGCCCGCAGGAACGUUCACGCGCCCCGACAGGCAGCUCCCAUCAUCACCGGUGCUGUCCCCGCCUACGCGAGCGCUUGCGCUGAUGCAUCCGCGUACUGGUCGGCUUGUCAGUGUUUCUCCGGUGUCUUGCCUACCACCGUCACCGUCACGGCGGCGACUCCGGCUGUUACAGUUACCCGCGGUGCUCAGAGCUCCACCGACGCCGCCAGCUCUUCGGUUGUAGAGAGUUCUUCGGCCGUAGAGAGCUCUUCGUCGUUCGUCACGAUCACACAAGUGUCUUCGUCAACUCGAACAUCCACAGUCACGUCUGCAGUGGUGUCGUCUGUAGAGUCAUCUGCGGAAGCUUCCUCUACUGAGGCGUCUUCCACAGAGGCAUCAUCCGCAGACACGCCGACUAGUACAGACCUUUCAACCACCGAGACCCCAUCUUCCAGUUCCGCUACACCUGUCGAGUCCUCGUCCUCUACUACUCCUUCCGCGGACGGGACUACGGUCAGUGUCGGCAGCACCUGCACUCCUACUCCCAUCUUGCCCAGUCCCACCUCUCUGAUAUCUAGCGGCGAUGAUACUUUCGGAAGCGCCUUACUGCCCUUUCCCGUCGGCGUUUUCGGAUCCAAUGCUACGACCGUCUAUGCCAGCAGCAACGGAUUUCUUUCGCUUUACGAGGGCUCUACGGCCUACGACAACGAGCCGCUUCCCUCCGAUGAAAUUCCGCCCGUUUCCAUUCUGCCAUUCUGGGAUGACCUGCGCAUCCAGUCUCCGAGCCAAGCCGUUCAAUACCAGGUCUUUGGUUCCGAUGCUGGCAGCCGGAACGUCACCUUCGAGUGGGUGACCGUGCACCUCGGCCGGCCGAGUCAAUUCUACCACUUCACCGCCACCUUUGAGGAGGCCCAGCCUGGCAUUGUCACUUACCGUUACUACACUACGUACGAUCAGGGUGAGAGCGCGACUGUCGGUGUUCAAAACUUGCGGAACGGUAACAACUUCUCCGUUCAAGUUGGGUACAACUCGCUGGGGUCCGUGCCGGAUAGAACAUUCCUUCGCCUGGACACCACUGGUGCGGGCACUUUCACCACAGGAGCAUUUGAGACCACUGAGUGCUAA